GCUGCUCUGAACUUCGACGUAUUGUAAAUAGUUGUCAGCCGUAUUAUUAAACUUCCUCCCCUAGCCUAUACAUAUCUUGCGUAGUAGGCUGCAUCACCCUUACUAUAGUACACAAUUUCCAAGAUGGUAAAAGAAACGUGUCGCUUCUAUGAGAAGCGCUUCCCUGACAAAGAUGAAGUUGUUAUGGUAAAUGUCCGCUCCAUUGCAGAGAUGGGUGCUUAUGUUUCAUUGUUAGAGUAUGAUGGCAUCGAAGGCAUGAUCUUGCUCAGUGAGUUGUCAAGAAGACGUAUCCGUUCUAUUGCACGUUUAAUCCGUGUGGGUAGGAAUGAGGCUGUCAUGGUGCUGCGUGUAGACGAAGAUAAGGGUUAUAUUGAUUUGUCAAAGCGUCGUGUCAGUCCAGAGGAUGUCAAGGCUUGUGAUGACAAAUACCAGAAGAAUAAAGCGGUGAAUAGCAUUCUCAGACACGUGGCCGAAUUAUGCGAUGCCAAACUUGAAGAUUUAUACGAACGCACAGCUUGGAAAUUGGUGGCGGCGUAUGGUACACAGUACGAGGCUUUCCGAAAAGCAUUGACCGAGCCGGAAGAGGUUAUGGGCAAGCUUGACUUGGACGAGAAGACCAGUGCGUGUUUGCUACAACAGAUUUCCCGCCGAUUGGCGUCACAACCCUCCAAGAUCCGUGCAGAUAUCGAUGUGCACUGUUGGACAUCCGAAGGCGUAGAGGCCGUUAAGGAUGCGCUUAGAGCCGGUAUCGCUGUAGGCACCGAAGCAGCGCCUGUCAAGGUCAACUUAAUAGCACCUCCCUUAUACGCCGUGACUACCAUGUCGACUGAUAAGGAUGAGGGUAUUAAGGCCGUGAACAAGGCGGUGGACGCGAUCAAAGACCGCAUUGCGACCAACGGUGGAUCACUCAGUGUCAUCAAAGAGGCACGGGCCAUCAACGAACUUGAGGAACAGAAACUGCAGGAGGAAAUCGAGAACGAAGAUGAGGUGGAAGAGGAAGAAACUGGCGAGAAUGGUGAAGUGAUCGGUGUUUAAAAAAAAAUCGGCGUUCAAUCAGCAGUAUUUGGCGUGUAUAUAACAUUAUUAGCAAGCGAUUUCUAGGGGUUGAACUGCCAGAUAAUAGUAAAGAGCUUUCAAGGUGUUUUUAAGACGUGCUUUGGAAAUUUAGUAGCGCCUGAAAAGUCAAUAAAUGCUAACUAACUUGUUAGGAGGCGGUCUCUGGUCCUUUAUAAGGAGCUUCGGACGAUUGAAGUCGCACAAGACGGCCCCAGAUGUUAUAUAAUGGUUCUACAAAAUAAUAUAUAAAACUCAAUGGUAGGGCUGGAACAUAGCCUUCUCGUCUUUUGGAAGGCUAUGGAUGGAACCGUAUUCCCGACCAAUACAUUCCUCAAUGGUGUAUAUUUUAGAGUGUACUUGUAUAGAUAUUUCAUAUGUAUAUUAGUGUUUGUGUGAGCAAC